AUGAAAGCCAGCAAAAAUGUCACUGUUGCAUUCAAAUUGAAUGGCAAAAAUUAUCCAUUAUGGGCGAGAUUGAUGAAGGUCGCAAUAGGCAGCCGAGGUGGGUAUUCCCACAUCAGAGACCCCCCACCAAAACCAGAAAGCGCCGAGUACACCGAAUGGGAGGAAACCGAUCUAGUGGUUUUUUCGUGGAUAAUCGACAAUAUCGAAAACGAUAAAAUCGCCUAUUUUGCCCACCAUCAAACCGCGAAGGCGAUUUGGGAUAAUCUCGCUGUGACCUUUGAAGGCAAGAGAGAUUCGUAUCUCAUCUAUGAUCUGGAAGACAAAGCCAUUGCGCUCCGACAAGGAAGUAUGGAUCUGGAGACGUACUAUAGGCGAAUCCACGGACUGUGGAUAAAUGUUGAUCGAUGCUGGAAGCAACCAGUAGACUGCUGCGACAAAGGAGUCAAACAAUUCCGCGAAUUCUCCAACACAACGAGGCUGUUCAAAUUUCUCACCGGGCUCAACCCAGAAUACGACACUAUCCGACGAGAUAUCCUCAAAGAUGAGGAACCUUAUCCCUCAGUCGAAGAGGCCUACGGACGGGUCCAGAGGGAGGCGGCUCGAUUGAGGAUCAUGCCACCGGCAUCCCCUAAAACCGGCAAAGACCUCAGCGUUGGGAGCACCGAUACAUCAUCGGGAGAGAUUGGAUACGGCUUCAGAGCACAAAGGGAGAGAUCGUCCAGCAAAGGACCACCACGACCACCGCCGACCGAAGUCAGUCACCAAACCGGAGGACGCGUUGACAAAAGCAAAUUAUGGUGCUCGCAUUGCGGGAAAAACAAACACACGAGGGAUACCUGCUUCCUUCGCGUAGGAUUCCCGGAUUGGUGGGACAAAAAACAAAAAGCACGGGCCCAGAUCAAGCUAGCAGCCGUCGGAAUCAAUGAGACGGGACAGAGACAGGGGAUUUCCCAAAUUCAGCACCGAGAUGGAUCGAAUGGAGGGGGGAAACAAAUUGACAACCAUGAGUACUCCGGCGAUAACAGCGAUGGUGGCGGAAGUGGUGUCCGGGUCGGAAACUUCGUCGAGCGGACGGGAGCCCAAACGGAACUCCCGAAGUGGAACAGCGGCGGAGAUUUUGCUUGUGAAACCUGUGUUUUGGCCAAGAGCCACAGACAAUCCUUUAAACCUUCAGAUACUCGUAUGAAAUUCAUGUUUGAUUUAGUGCAUGCUGAUGUGUGGGGGCCUGCACCGGUUAUUGGGGAUAACGGGAGGGAAUUUGUUAAUCACACCAUGACUGACUUCUUCCAGAAAAACAGCCUAUUACACCAAACAUCUUGCGCCUACACCCCUGAACAAAAUAGAGUCACCGAAAGAAAAAACCGAACCAUCCUAGAAAUCACCCGCGCCAUCAUGAUUGAAUCAAACGUACCAAAAACCCUUUGGCCUGAAGCUGUUGCAACAUCUGUCUAUCUCAUCAAUAGACUCCCGACCAAAGUCCUAAAAAUGAAAACUCCCCUUGAUAUCCUUUCCCAACAAGCCCAAAUACCUGAAUCCCUCAGCCUGUCACCGAAGGUCUUUGGAUGUACCGUCUACGUCCACAUUCCCAAACACGAAAGAACAAAAUUCUCCCCAUGUGCAACUAAGUGCGUCUUCGUGGGGUAUGGGGUAAACCAGAAGGGAUAUAGAUGCUUCGAUCCUAGUACUAAGAAAAUCAUCACCACUAUCAACUGUGACUUCCUUGAAACCGAGUUUUUCUAUAACCACCACCUUAGCAGUCAGGGGGAGAAGUCCGAUAGCUCUCAAAAUAAUCAUGGGGACUGUCUAAGCUGGUUUGUAUCACCUCCAAGCCACUCGAUUGAGGAUCCACCAGAGUCUGUGGACACUGUCGCCGAGCAAGCCCCUCCAGAGUCCCCUCAACCACGUCCAUCUGAUCCGCCUCAACCGGUAUCUGAGGUAUGUCAAAACUUAGCUCCUGAAGUAGAUACUACAGAGAGUACUAACCAUGCAGAGAUGGAAGACAACACUAUAGAUGGGGACACAGGGAGGUAUGUGCUUCCACCACGGGCCAAUCGAGGUGUUCCUCCGAAGAGGUAUUCCCCUGAGAAGAUCGGGAAGAAAAGCAGAUAUGGAGUGGCAAAUUUUGCUCAGGGAAACAUGACGAAAAUGGCCCGAGCAUUUGAGGCUGCGUUGUAUGAAGAACAUGAGAUUCCACACAGCCGAAGAAGCAAUGAAGUGCAAACACUGGAAAUAGGCAAUGCUUACGGAAAUGAAAGCCUUGAUGAGAAAUGA